GUCGACCCCCGCUUCGCCAGCAACAAGUACGUGCCGUACGACUACGCGAACCUGGCGCACCAGCGCCUGAUUGUCACCAAGGGCAAGGGCUUCACCAAGGAGAAGAACAAGGGCAAGAGGGGCAGCUAUCGCGGCGGCAUGAUUGACACGAUGGGCGUCAACGGCAUCAGGUUUGAUGAUUAG